AUCACUUUCUUGUCAUAAAAUUCUCCAAUUUCUCAGACAAUGAGAACUGUUUUUCUUUGAUCUUUUCACAUACAUGCUAACCUUUGUAAAAUUUCUCCUCUAGCUAAAAAGAAUAAAAUCUGUGACUUCCUUUUCUUCUUUUUGUUUCUUUCUAAUUUCUCAAUGGAAGCUCCUUCUUCUCCUUCUUCCUCUCCUUCUCCUUCAUCUUCUCCUGCUUCUAACGGAGGAGAGAAUUGCUGUGUUAAAGUUGCUCUUCAUAUAAGACCGCUUAUCGCCGAUGAGCGAGCUCAAGGCUGUAAAGAUUGCGUCACUGUUGUCUCUGGAAAGCCUCAGGUACAAAUAGGCACACAUGCAUUUACUUUUGAUCAUGUUUAUGGGAGCAGUGGCACUCCCUCGUCUGCUAUGUUUGAAGGAUGUAUUGCCCCAUUAGUUGAUGGUUUAUUCCAAGGAUAUAAUGCGACUGUUCUUGCUUAUGGUCAGACGGGAUCUGGGAAGACAUAUACAAUGGGCACAGGCUUCAAAGAUGGUUGCCAAAUGGGAAUAAUCCCUCAAGUCAUGAAUGUUCUAUUCAGCAAGAUUGAAGCUUUAAAGCAUCAAAUUGAAUUCCAGUUGCAUGUUUCUUUCAUUGAGAUUCUGAAAGAAGAAGUGCGAGAUUUGCUGGAUCCCACCACUUUGAACAAAUCAGAUACUGCAAAUGGGCACGGAGGGAAAGUAAAUCUCCCAGGAAAACCACCAAUACAAAUUCGUGAAACAUCAAAUGGUGUUAUAACACUGGCAGGAUCUACAGAAGUGAGUGUUAGUACAUUUAAAGAAAUGGCCACUUGCCUAGAACAAGGAUCUUUGAGCAGGGCAACAGGAAGCACAAAUAUGAACAAUCAAUCGAGUCGUUCUCAUGCCAUCUUCACCAUCACCCUUGAGCAAAUGCGUAAGGUCAAUCCAGUUUUCCCUUGUGAUAGCAAUCCAAAUGACAGUAUGAAUGAAGAGUAUCUAUGUGCAAAGUUGCAUUUAGUAGAUCUUGCUGGAUCUGAGCGUGCAAAGAGGACUGGUUCAGAUGGCAUGCGUUUUAAGGAAGGAGUUCAUAUCAACAAGGGCCUUCUUGCACUUGGUAAUGUUAUCAGUGCACUUGGUGAUGAUAAAAGGCGAAAAGAAGGUGUUCAUGUUCCCUAUCGGGACAGUAAAUUGACUCGGCUUCUGCAGGACUCCCUUGGUGGUAACAGCAGAACUGUUAUGAUAGCCUGCAUUAGUCCAGCUGAUACCAAUGCUGAGGAAACCCUCAACACCUUAAAGUAUGCAAAUCGUGCCCGCAACAUCCAAAACAAGCCUGUUGUUAACAGAGACCCAAUGUCCAGUGAGAUGCUAAAGAUGCGCCAACAACUUGAGUAUUUGCAGGCGGAACUUUUUUCCCGAGGAGGAUGCUCUUCUGAUGAAGUUCAGGUUCUUAAGGAAAGAAUUGCUUGGCUUGAAGCUGCCAAUGAGGACCUUUGUCGCGAACUUCAUGAUUACCGCAGCAGAUGCACUGCUGUGGAGCAGCGUGAAACAGACGCUCAAGAUGGCAGUAUCUGUUCUGUGAAAACUGAUGGGCUCAAAAGGAGCUUGCAUAGUAUAGAGUCUCCAGAUUAUCAAAUGGGUGAAACGAUUUCUGGUGACUCCAGGGAUAUUGAUGAAGAAGUAGCGAAAGAGUGGGAGCACACACUUUUGCAGAAUACAAUGGACAAAGAAUUGCAUGAACUGAACAGACGUCUGGAGGAGAAAGAGUCAGAGAUGAAACUUUUUGGAGGGGUUGACACUGCAGCUCUCAAGCAACACUUUGGCAAGAAAAUCAUGGAAUUAGAGGAUGAAAAAAGAGCCGUGCAGCAAGAGAGGGACCGUCUGCUGGCUGAAAUUGAAAAUCUUUCUGCUGGUUCGGAUGGGCAAAAAGUGCAAGAUAUCGAUGCCCAGAAAUUAAAAACUCUCGAGGCACAGAUUCUGGAUCUUAAGAAGAAAGAAGAGAACCAAGUUCAGCUUUUAAAGCAAAAACAAAAAAGUGAUGAGGCAGCAAAGCGGUUACAAGAUGAAAUUCAAUCUAUAAAGGCACAAAAGGUUCAGUUGCAACACAGGAUCAAACAAGAGGCAGAGCAAUUUCGACAGUGGAAGGCCUCUCGAGAAAAGGAACUGCUGCAGUUACGGAAGGAAGGUAGAAGAAAUGAAUAUGAAAGGCAUAAGCUACAAGCUAUAAACCAGCGCCAGAAAAUGGUUCUUCAAAGAAAGACAGAAGAGGCUGCAAUGGCCACCAAAAGGUUAAAAGAGCUGCUUGAAGCUCGAAAAUCUUCUGCACGAGACAACUCAGCUAUCUCCAAUGGAAAUGGAGCAAAUGUUCAGAGCAAUGAAAAAUCCUUGCAACGUUGGCUUGAUCAUGAGCUAGAGGUCAUGGUAAAUGUGCAUGAAGUUCGCUUUGAAUAUGAGAAGCAAAGCCAAGUGCGAGCUGCACUUGCAGAAGAGUUGGCGGUGUUGAAGCAAGUAGACGAGUUUGUUUCAAAAGGAUUAAGUCCUCCACGAGGAAAGAAUGGAUUUGCUAGGGCAUCUUCGAUGUCACCAAAUGCGAGAAUGGCCAGAAUAUCAUCGCUUGAAAACAUGUUGAGCAUAACAUCUAAUUCACUAGUAGCAAUGGCUUCACAACUUUCAGAAGCAGAAGAGCGAGAGCGUGCAUUUACUAACCGUGGACGUUGGAAUCAGCUUCGUUCAAUGGGAGAUGCAAAGAAUUUGCUCCAGUAUAUGUUUAAUUCUGUGGGAGAUGCAAGGUGUCAACUAUGGGAGAAGGAAAUGGAAAUAAAAGAAAUGAAAGAACAAUUGAAAGAACUUGUAGGUCUAUUGCAACAAAGUGAAGCACAAAGAAAAGAAUCUGAGAAGGAGCUAAAAUUGAGAGAGCAUGCACUUGCAGUUGCUUUGGCUACUGCAGCCUCUGCUGGACAAGAACAGAGGAACUCCCACAAUUCACUGAAACACUCGAAGGAUGACACGAGUGGUCCACUGUCUCCAGUGUCUGUCCCAGCACAGAAACAACUAAAAUAUACGCCAGGAAUUGCUAAUGGUUCAGUCAGAGAGACAGCAGCAUUCAUUGAUCAGACUAGAAAGAUGGUUCCACUUGGGCAGUUAUCAAUGAGAAAAUUAGCAGUUGUAGGACAAGGUGGGAAGUUAUGGAGGUGGAAGAGAAGUCAUCACCAGUGGCUUUUACAAUUCAAAUGGAAGUGGCAGAAACCAUGGAGACUGUCAGAACUGAUCAGGCAUAGUGAUGAAACAGUUAUGAGGGCAAAGCCUCGCCUGCAGGUUCUGCCACGUAAAGUAUGAUGUUCAGUUGUCACCAGAUUAUUCCUUCCUGUUACUCAUCUGACCUAUAAGCCUGGUCCCAACACACAGCACAGAAAGAACCUAUAGAUGCAUGGAGCAUGUUGGAAGUGGCUGUUGAAGAGAUAUGCUUAUAGCAAUGUGGUGGGUGAGUUGAUUUUAAAAGGCAAUCUUGGAAUUUUUUUUUUUUUCCUUUUUUCCUGUGGUCACCCCAUUCGGAGCAUCUUGUAAAGCAGUAUUGAUGCGGCCGAUUGGUGACCAAAAUAUUUACUACAAGUGCUGACACCUGUGAUGGUGGGGUGAGUUGCAAGAUGACGGGUAAAAGAACAUCUUGCUCCAGGUGUCAGUAAUGUUUUGAUAUUCUGUCAAUAACAACUCUUUCAAGGGAAGAAAUCUCUCUCCAGAAGUCACAGAAAUGUAUAAUAAAGGUCUUUUUGAUUUAUUUUAGUAACUGCAAGUUCUUGCUAUGUGUUCCAAUGUUUAUUUUGUAUAAUCUCAAAAUUCUGUUGAAAGGAUUGAAGGCUGUAGCGUUUUCAGUCACCCGACAGAAAAAAACUGUUCAGUGAAUUUCUUGUACAUUUAAUUUUUGGCAGUGAUUGUAUCUAAAAGAAUAAGAGUGGUUUUGUC